AUGGAGCUCUUCUUUGGUGUCUCGCUGACACGAUCCACGCACCCAAGCAUCCUAGGCUCAACCUCGCUCAGAUCUGCCGAUCUCCCUGUUGUUGUCUGCGGGGUCAUUGGAUCCGCCAUCAUCUACUUCGGAGACUUACUUCAGUCAGGCGAUGGAAGCACCACCUUAUUUUUUAUCAUCACAGUGGUGUUUGUGACUCGUUUAUCUCUUUCCUUGACGGAAAACGUCGCGUCACGGUCGCUGAGGCAAAAUUCAAGCGCCAGAACUUCUGUGCUCGCCAAUUUUUUGUAUUUGGCAGCAGGUGUAGCAUCUUUCUUUGCAUCGUGGCAAGCUCCCACCACACUUACAACGCCUUCAACCGCUACUAUGAGUACGGUGCUUCCGCUCCUGGUGUACAUUACCAACUUUGCUCUACUGGCUGCAGGUAUCAAACUUACGACUGGAUUGGGCCUUUGCUCACCGUUCGCUGAGGCUCAGGGCAUCUGCAAAGACAAAUUUCAACAAGAUUUUUCAGAUGUGGUGUUCUAUCAUCUCUUACUAUUAGCAAUUGCAAUGAUUCAAGACACUCUAUUGGGUUUGAUUCAGCCUUUUCCGAAGAAAUUUCUGCCAGCCGUACGCCGACUCAGAACGCCUUACGCCUUCGUGCUCUUUCCAACAUUCUUCCAACUCCACCAUACCUCGCUGUGGGCAAGAAUGAUCCCGUUGAUGGCAGAGGGUGUCGACUCCUUGGUUUUUCACCUCGCUUCCGGACUCCUUCCAGCGCCUGCUUUGACUUUUGAGCGAUUCGCUCAGUCCCUUAUUGGCCCACCGGCAAGUCUCUGGCCAACUCGUUUCUCUGGACUAGCCGUUGUUGCCAUCAUUCUCGUAUUUGCGCCGACCGUAAUUGGUUAUCGUAAUCGAUAUUCGAUCUUUAUCGUCGCCGGGGUUUUGUUGCUUGUCAUGCCUGCUUUGCCUUGGGAUAUAAGUGAGGAAGUUUCAUCCGUGAUUGUGUUGGUUUUUGCAUUUUCCCUCUUCAACCGCAUCUUCAAGUCUUCUUCUAGUAUCUCAGGAUAUGGAACUCUCAGUUUGACGAUUCUAAACCAAGUAUUGCUUGUGUUUUGGAGUCUUCUCUUUCGUUACUCUGAGGAAGUCAAAAAUGAGUACUUCCGAGCAGAGAUACCCGCCAUUCAAAGAGCUCUCGUGGCAACUUCAGGAUCGUCCAAACCCUUACCGGAUCAACCUCAUUCAGUUUGGUGCGCGACUCCCAGUUUAGCAUAUGCCCUCCUGGAUACCGAUUGA